AUGUCUGCCCUCCGAGGCUUCUUCCACUACGUAUCACAUUCGGCCUUCUCUCACUACGUAUCACGUUCGGCCUCCUUGCACUACGUAUCACAUUCGGCCUUCUCUCACUACGUAUCACAUUCGGUCUGCUUUCACUACGUAUCACCUUCUUUCACUAAGUAUCACAUUCGGCCUUCGUUCACUACGUAUCACAUUCGGCCUUCUUUCACUACGUAUCACUUUCAGAGUAUCCAAGAGGGUCGCUCAGACGGCGAGUUCGCGCUGCGCUAG